UUCCUUGCUUCCUCGCUUCUUUCCUUCCUCGCUUCCUUCCUACCUUCCUUUAUUCCUCGCCUCUUCUUUUCUUGCUUCCUUCCUUCGUUGAUUCCUUCCUUCCUCGCAUCUUACCUUGCUUCCUCGCUUCCUUCCCUCCUUGCUUCCUCGCUUCUUUCCUCGCUUCCUUCCUUCCUUCCUUGCUUUUUUCCUUCCUCGCUCCUUUCUUUACUCCUUCUUUGUUUCCUCGCUUUCUUCAUAAAUUUUUUCCUCACUUCCUUUCCUCCUUCCUUCCUUGCUUCAUUCCUUCCUUCCAUGCUUCCUCGCUUCCUUCCUUGCUUUCUUCCUUGCUUCCUCGCUUCCUUCUUUCUUUCCUUCCUCGCUUCCUUCCUUCCUCACUUCCCUCCUUCAUUCCUUGCUUCCUUCCUUCCUCGCUUCCUUUUUUCCUCCUUCCUUGCAUCCCCGAUUUCUUCGUUUUUUCUCGCGUCCUUCCUUUUUCGCUUCAUUCCUUCCUUGCUUCCUCGCUUCCUCCCUCGCUUCCUUCUCUCCUCCUUUCUUGCUUCCUCGCUUUCUUCUUUCCUUGCUUCCUUGAUUCCUUCCUCACUUGCAUCCUCCCGUCCUUGCUUCUUCCCUUUCUCACUUCCUUCUUUCCUCCUUCCUUGCUUCCUCGUUUCCUUCAUUCUUUCCUCGCGUUGUUCUUUUGUCGCUUCAUUCCCUCCUUCCCUCCUGGCUUCCUUGCUUUCUCGCCUUCUUCCUUCUUUCCUUACUUACUUCCUUCCUUGCUUUUUUCCUUCUUCCUUUCUUGCGUCUUUGCUUGCUUCCUUCCUUCCUUCCUUGAUUCAUCGUUUCCUUCCUUCUUUGCUUCCUGGCUUCCUUUCUUCCUCGUUCCCUUUCUUGCUUCCUUCCUUGCUUCCUCAGUUCCUUCCUUGCUUCCUCGCAUCGUUCCUUCCUUGUUCCUUCGCUUCCGUCCUUUCUUUCUUCCUCAGUUCCUUCCUUCCUUGCUUCCUCGCUUUCUUCCCUCCUCGCUUUCUCGUUUCCUUGCUUCCUUCCUUGCUUCCUUCCUUCCUUCUUUGCUUCCUCGCGUCCUUCCUUCCUCCCAAUCUUUCCUUGCUCACUUCCUUCCUACCUUGCUUCUUUCCUUCCUCGCUUCAUUCCUUCCUUGCUUCCUAUUUUCCUCGUUUCCCUCUUUCCUUCCUUGCUUUUUUCCUUCCUCGCUCCCUUCUUUCCCCCUUCUUUGCUUCCUCGCUUCCUUCACAAAUUUCUUCCUCACUUCCUUCCUUUCUUCCUUCCUUCCUUGCUUCAUUCCCUCCUUCCAUGCUUCCUCACUUUCUUCCUUGCUUCCUCACUUUCUUCUUUCCUUGCUUCCUUCCUUCCUCACUUCCCUCCUUCCUUGCUUCCAUCCUUCCUCGCUUCCUUCUUUCCUCAUUCCUUGCUUCUUCGCUUCUUUCGUUUUUUUUCUCGCGUCCUUCCUUUCUCGCUCCAUUCCUUUCUUGCUUCCUCGCUUCCAUCUUUCCUCCUUCCUUGCUUCCUCGCUUCCUUCUUUCCUUGCUUCAUCGCUUCCUUCCUUCCUCACUUCCCUCCUUCCUUCCUUGCUUCCUUCCUUCCUCACUUCUUCCUUUCCUCCUUCCUUGCUUCCUCGUUUCCUUCAUUAUUUCCUCGUGUCCUUCUUUUCUCGCCUCAUUUCUUCCUUGUUUUCAUCCCUGCUUGCUUCCUUGCAUUCUCGCCUCCUUCCUUCCUUACUUACUUCCUUGCUUUUUUCCUUUCUUUCUUUGCAUCUUUGCUUGCUUCCUUCCUUCCUUGCUUCCUCGUUUCCUUCCUUCUUUGCUUCCUGGCUUCCUUUCUUCCUCGCUUCCUUACUUCCUAGCUUCCCUGCUUAAUUCUUUACUCGCAUCGUUCCUUCCUUGCUCCCUCGGUUCCUUCCUUCCUUUCUUCCUCAGUUGCUUCCUUGCUUGCUUCCUCGCUUUCUUCCCUCCCCGCUUUCUCGUUUCCUUGCUUCCUUCCUUCCUUCAUUGCUUCUUUCCUUCCCUCCUUCCUUCCUUUUUUCAUUCCUUGCUUACUUAUAUUACGGUAGAGAUUAAAAGGUGGAUUGGAUCGAGUGGAUUGGAUUCAUGUAAAAGGUGGAUUGGAUCGGGAAUCUUCAAAAUAUGGAUUUUUUAGUUGAUCUCCCUCUAAGCAAUUUCCUCCGGCCUAAAGUAUUUUGUGAUUACAUGGGUCCCUUUAAGGAAUCGACAAAGCAAUGACAAA